UGCACGGAUUCUGUUCAAUGAGUUUUGCAUGUUUUGUGUUUCUUGCUGAGUGGCAGUUCCUAGGAUUUUGUUUGAACUCUGAUGCUGUGACCGAUGGAUGUAUUCUGCAUGAGGUUUUGAGCUUAUUAAGGAGAUGGGAAUUUAGUUGUGUCCAUGGGAUUUAGCUUUGGGUUUGAAAAUAUAAUGGAAGAGCAGCAAGCCCUGAAGAUAUCUUGUUUAUGAUAUUUUCUUGAUUAACACUGGUCUAAGCCGAGGAGAUACCAGCAAGGCUACAGAACACAAGCUUGCCACCUUUGAUGGAGCAUGAUCUACAUAUAGAGUACCCGGUGCCAUCAGGUGUCUUGAGGGGAAUUAAGUUUAAUAUUCUAUCUGAGUCAGAUGCUGCCAAAAUUUCAGCUAAGGUAAUAGAACUAGUGAAUGAAGUAACAGAUCCUGCAUUAGGACUGCCAAAUCCAGUUUCUGAAUGCCGUACAUGUGGUGCAAAAGAUGUAAAAGGAUGUGAAGGCCAUUUUGGUUUAAUAAAAUUCCCCUUCACAAUUAUCAGUCCAUACUUCAUAUCAGAAGCUGCACGGAUUCUCAAUAAAAUUUGCCCAGGAUGUAAAUCAGCUCGAUGUGAUAAGGUCAAGAGGGUUGAUUCCACAUCCAUGCGUCAGCAGCAUGGUAAUUGCAAGUAUUGUGAUGGAACUUUAAAAGAUUAUCCACAAAUGAGAUUUAGAUUAUCUCCCAAAGACAUGUUUGGAAAGCCUGCAAUUAUAGCUGAAGUGAGUGAAAAAUUGUUGAGGAAGUUUCCAAAUACGACUUCAGGAGGAAGUUUGGCUUCUGAUUAUUGGGAUAUAAUUCCACAUGAUGCAGGGCAAGAUGAAAGUUCUCGACAAUCAAAAAAACGAGUUCUAUCAUAUGCACAGGUUUAUAGCUUGCUGAAAGAUGUUGAUUCAAGACUUCUUGAGGCAUUUCUCAAAAGUAGAACUUCAAUCUUUCUCAGUUGUUUCCUUUUGACCCCUAACUGUCAUCGUGUCACAGAAUUAGGGCCUCAUAUGCUAUUUGAUGAAAGUAACAGGCUUUACAGAAAGCUGAUUGACUUUAGAGGGGCAGCCAAUGACUUAAGUAUGCACGUUAUUGACCGCAUCAAACUUUCAAAGCUUCGUGCUGAAAGACAAGCUAUUAUAGACCCUGCAAUCAGCACAUCUGGUCUGAAGUUUUUGAAAGAACUUCUCAUUGCAAAGAGAAGUAAUCAUGCUUUCCGCUUGGUGGUAGUUGGCGAUCCACAGAUAAAGCUGUCUGAAAUUGGUAUUCCAUGUCAUGUUGCAGAGAGCCUACAUGUAGCUGAGCAUUUAAAUACAUGGAAUUCAGAAAAGUUAACUGAGCACUGUGAUCUCAUGAUUCUUCAGAAGGGAUGGGUCCUUGUUCGCAGAAAUGAUGGCUUAGUUCGUGUUAGUAUGCUGGACAAGUUGCAGAAAGGAGAUACCAUAUAUAGACCACUUGUUGAUGGAGAUAUUGUGUUAAUAAAUAGACCUCCUUCUAUUCAUCAACAUUCCCUUAUUGCUCUGUCUGUCAGAAUUCUUCCAAUAACUUCGGCUCUUUCUAUAAAUCCCCUUAUAUGUUCUCCUCUUCGUGGGGACUUUGAUGGUGAUUGCCUUCAUGGUUAUGUUCCACAAUCAAUGGACUGCAGAGUGGAGCUUAGGGAGCUUGUUGCUCUAGACAAACAAUUGCUUGAUGGACAGAGUGGGAGAAACCUUUUGUCACUAAGUCAUGACAGCUUGACUGCAGCUCAUUUGAUUCUGGAGGAUGGGGUUCUCUUGAACCAGUGUCAGAUGCAACAGCUGCAGAUGUCUUGUCCUCGACAGUUCUCACUGCCAGCUAUCUUCAAAGCAUUAUCAAAAGGCUCUUGUUAUUGGACUGGAAAGCAGUUAUUCAGUCUGCUCUUGCCAUCAGAUUUUGAUUAUUUUUUUCCAUCUAAUGGUGUAUGUAUUAGGAAAGGAGAAAUUAUGUCUUCUAAUGGAUCUUCUUGGCUACGUGACACUGAUGGAAAUCUUUUUCGUAGUCUUGUCAAACAUUAUGGAGAUCAGGUUCUUCAUUUCCUGUUUGCUGCACAGGAAGUUUUAUGUGAGUGGUUGUCAAUGAGGGGAUUAAGCGUUUCCUUGUCUGAUCUUUAUCUCUCUUCUGAUCCAUCCACCCGAAAGAAUAUGGUUACUGAAAUUUCAUGUGGUUUGAAAGAGGCAGAGAGACUUUCUUAUGUUACACUUCUCAUGGUGGAUUAUACUCGAGAUUUCCUUGUUGGAAGAUCUGAAGGAAAUCAGAAUUCAAAAAUUUUUGAUGUUGAGCGAUUGUCUAUUGAGAAACAGAAGUCAGCUGCACUUAGUCAGGCUUCUGUUUGUGCUUUCAAAGAUGUAUUCUGGGAUAUCCAAAACCUGCUUUAUCAGUAUGCAAACAAGGGUAACUCAUUCCUGGCUAUGUUAAAGGCUGGGAGCAAGGGUAACCUUCUGAAAUUGGUACAGCAGAGCAUGUGUCUUGGUUUGCAGCAUUCUCUGAUUCCAUUGUCUUUUCAAAUCCCCCAUCAUCUUUCUUGUGGUGCAUGGAAUGAUGAAAAGAACCAUCCUCAUGAUAUUAUGGAAUACUCUGGUACUUACAUCCCAUGUGCUGUGGUGGAAAAUUCUUUUCUUACAGGUUUAAAUCCUCUGGAGUGCUUUGUGCAUUCGUUAACAACUAGGGAAAGUUCUUUUAGUGGGCAUGCUGAUGUUUCUGGUACUUUGACUCGUAAACUCACAUUUUUCAUGCGGGACCUUUACAUUGGAUAUGAUGGAACAGUGCGAAAUCCUUAUGGAAAUCAAGUUGUGCAGUUUUCUUACUAUAGUCGAGAAAAAUCUGAUCCCACUAUAGCCCCUGAAGACGCUGUAAAAAGCCAUUCUCAUGCAUCAAAUGCAGUGGGUGGCCAUCCUGUUGGUUCAUUGGCUGCUAGUGCCAUUUCCGAGGCUGCAUACAGUGCUUUGGAUCAACCCAUUAGUGCGCUUGAGUCAUCACCUCUGCUGAACCUUAAGAAAGUACUGGAGUCAGGGGUAAGAAAAAGUAGUGGUGAAAAAUCUGCAUCAAUGUUCUUGUCAAAAAUGCUUGGAAGGUGGGCUUACGGUUUUGAAUAUGGAGCUUUAGAAGUAAAAAAUCAUUUGGAAAGGCUUCUGUUUUCGGACCUUGUUUCUGAAGUAAUGAUAUGUUUCUCACGAGAGACAAGCAGAAGCAGCCGCACUAGUCCUUGGGUUUGCCAUUUUCACAUAAAUAAGGAAAUUGCAAAGAGGAGAAGACUAAAGUUAGAAUCCAUUACUGAUGCUCUUAACAUGAGUUACACAGCCACUAAAGUAAAAGCAAAAGUUGAACUUCCAAAUCUGCAGAUAACAUGCACGGAUUGUUGUGUUGCUGACACAUCAAAGCAAGACCCAAAAUCUUGCAUUACAGUUGCUAUUGUUGGAAUUACUAAAGAUUCAUAUCCGGAGCUGGAUAUCCUUCGUGAUUUUGUGAUACCAUUCCUCCUUAGAACAGUUGUUAAAGGAUUCUCUGCAUUCAAAAAGGUUGAUAUCUUAUGGAGGGAGGAGGCACCCAUUUUAUCCAAGUCUUCUAUAAGGUCUUCUGGAGAACUUUAUUUGCGGGUUUUGAUGUCUGAAAACUGUGACAGAACUAAAUUUUGGAGUGUCCUUGUGGAUAGUUGCCUUCAAAUAAUGACUAUGAUCGACUGGGAACGCAGUCAUCCUGAUGAUAUUCAUGAUAUCUCUGUAGCCUAUGGGAUAGAUGUUGCUUGGAAGUGUUUUCUAAGAGAUCUAAGUUCUGCAGUGUCUGAUACUGGCAAGAUUAUCCUCCCAGAACACUUGGUACUUGCAACUGACUGUCUGUCAUCUUCGGGACAAUUUCUUGCUUUGAGUGCAAAAGGCCUGUCAUUUCAAAGAAAAGAAAAUGGUGUUUCUACACCCUUCACGCAAGCAUGCUUUUCAAGUCCUGGAGAAAGUUUUCUUAAAGCAGCCAAAAUGGGAUUGUCAGAUGAUCUUCGAGGGACUGCAGAAGCUUUAUCUUGGGGAAAGAUUCCACCUGUUGGUACUGGUUUCCAGUUUGACGUUUUAUACUCUGGGAAGGGGUUUGAGCCUUCUGAAACCACUGAUGUGUAUAAUCUGCUGGGUAAGCAUGCUGCACUCCAGAAGGAGAAAAUGAUGCUCUAUCCCGAGGAAAGCAAAGAAAUUGUCAGCAAGCCUCUUGCUCAGCGUCUAUGUAAAUAUGGUGAUUUUUAUUCAGAGGGAGAAAAUAGUUUGUUACCAAAAGCAAUUUCGAGUUCCUUUACGUUGAAUGACAUUCAGAGGCUCUCUAAGGCAUUGAGGAAUAUCUUAUACACGUAUGAUAUUAAUGAUCAUUUGAAAGAAGCUGACAAGUCUGUUGUGAUGAGGGCCUUAUAUUUUCAUCCUCGAAGGAGUGAGAAAAUUGGGACUGGAGCACAUGAAAUCAAGGUUGGUCAGCAUAAAGGACAUGCAAAUUCCCGCUGCUUCCUUUUGGUACGUUCAGAUGGAACAGUCGAAGACUUUUCUUAUCACAAGUGCGUACAUCAUGCUCUCAAGCUAAUUGCUCCAAAGAAGGCAAAAACUUACCAUUCGCGAUGGUUGAAUGGGUACUGAUUCAAGAUUCCUGCAGAGUUGAUGUUAUGCUCCUAAUAAGAGUUCAUUUGUGGGUAGAAGCUGCACAUUAGAGUACAGUGAUGGGAAACUAUCAUGAAAGCUGGCACUUCUUUCCUUUUCCAUAAUUGUUAAUCUUUUUACAUUCUGCUUGUAGGGCAGUCCAUCUGUCAUGCUUUUUUAUGCUGCUCCCACUCAAGCUUGUCUGCCUAGAAUUAUUGUAGGCAGAGAGGAUUUAGUGGAAGUAACAUAGAAAAGCUAUGGAUUGCCAUCUGUUUCGUUCUGUAUCAUUAGGUUUAUCAAUCUCGUGUAGUGGAUCGGGAUUAAGACUUAGUUGAGUUGAGUCAAAACUUGAAGUUUAGUAGUAAUUGUCAAUUGUUAAUGUAUGAAAUUGUAGUGACCAAAAUAAAAGAUUGUAAUGGCUCUACUAAGUUGGUGUACCCUCUUGUUAACAUGUAUGUGCUUGGCUACUCUUUA